AGCACAGCAAGCAAACCAAGACAUGUAAAACGUCUCCUUACUUUUGCUGAGAAUUACAAGCGCGAAAAAACAAGCUUAAACCUAACUGAUGGAAUCAAUCCCGGAGCCGGAGGUGGCGAAGUCAGUCAUGGCGACUGCUAACGGUGAAGGCUCUUCGUCGAUCCCAAAGUCUCCGGGCGAAAAGCCGGUGGUUGUUAGGGUUAAGCGCAAAGCUUCUCAGUCUCCGCUCGAUGCUUUCUGGCUAGAAAUCAACGAGAGGCCUUUGAAGCGGCCAUUUUUGGAUUUUGAGAAGCUAUCGAUUGCUGAAUCUUCUGGAAAUGAAGAAUUGAGGACUAAGAGGGUACUUGUGCAGCACGUUCAAACAGUUCUGAACCCCGAGGCGACCAUUGAUAUUGUGCAGUUGGUUGUGAGCAAUUCUGCUGAUGCUAGUCAGCAUAAGACAAGGGCUGUGGAAAGAAGGAACACAUUUAAAAAGGAUAAUAGACCAAAUCUGUUAUCCAAGUCCAGACAAAAGCAAGAGGAAUUGGCAAAAAAUGCCCGUUUUGAACAAAUAUGGAGGAGCAGAAAGGGGAAAAAGGAGGAAGUAGAUGAAAUGUGUCAUUUUUAUGAAGUUGUUCGUGUUGAUGGUGCUGAGGAAAGAUCCAAUGAUGUAAAGGAACAGCAAGAUAUGUCUUUGGAGGAUCACAGAAUUUUGACUAGCUAUUUGCCUCUACUGAGAGAGUUUAUUCCAAGUGCUGCUGAGGAGAUUGAAUCUGAUAUCCAAGCUCAAAUGUCAAGCCAAGAUGAAUACGUAUAUGACUUGUAUACUGUGAACACUGACAUGGAUGUAGAAAAGGAAGAUUCUUCAAAUCCAUUUCCACUGGUACAAGUUGAUGAUGAGGAUUUCUAUGAUGUGGCGUAUGAGUCAGAAUAUGACAGUGAAGAUUCAAAUGCUGAAGAUAAUCCAAGAAAUGACUAUCCUGAUGAGAUAUCUGAAGAGGAAGAUGAACUUGAGAAUGAGUCCUCCAAUGGAUCAGAGGAGAAAAGUGAGAGUGCUAGUGAUGGAUCUUCAGAGCCUGAGGAUUUAAGAUUCCAUGGAUCUUUGGAAGAUGGAGGCAUACUAUGUGAAGAUGAGACUUAUGAUGAUUAUCACGAUGAAGCUGAUGAUUUUGAUAAUGGAAACAGUGAUGAUAACAUAGAUGGUGAAGAUUGGAGGUGAUCCUACAGGUGAAAUAUUGAUUCAAUAUCAGAGCUUGGUGGUGAUAUUACCUUGUUCUCUUUCCUUUUAUUUCCAGUAUCAUUUAGAAGAUCAUGGUCAAAAUAUAUGUAGAGCAUUACCAACAGUGGAAGUCUUGCACUAAGUCCUAAGAUCCUCGGAGUUUGCUUGUCGCCGGUGUCUAUUUUUGGUUGAUUUUGUGCCCAACAUCAUUUUUCAGUGAGAAGCUGUUCUCUUAGGUGGAUCAUGUAUGAAUGAUUAGUUGUAUGAAAAGAAAUAUUUUCAUAACAC